GAGCUGAAAUUAGAAACAACAAAAUGGCUCCUCUCAUUCUGAAUAAAUUUUGUUGUUUCAGCCUCGAGCAAGCGACUCGAGGAGCUCCGAUUUAUGUCAUUUGUGCAGGGACCAUAGCCUUAUUUCUUUUGAUCCUAGAUCAAGUGGCGGCUGGUGUGGAUGGCUUUGAGAUAGAGGGAGGCUUCAAGUCAUGGUGGAGAGUGCUCAUUUGGAAACAAUGGCUGGCGUGCGACAUCGUUAUGAUCUGUGCCCAUAUCGCCCUGAUCGUGAUGUCUGCCAUGCUGAUCUACGCCAUCCGUCCCAGUCGCCCCAUCUACAAACGGCUGGCAACACUAAGAGCCUGGUUUGCGGUGAUGAUCUGUUACACGAUAACAGAGGUGGCUAUUGGCACCUAUCAGUACAGCUGGUACGGAAAGAACAGUUUUAGACGACCUUAUCUUUGUUUUACCAUUUUCUUCUUCACCAUCCGAAUGGUUUCAAAUAUUCUGUGUUGUAUCGUGGUGAAAUCACGCGUGGAAGAAAUCCGUGAGAUCUUGCACCGUCCGGUAGAGAAGAGCACCUCUCAGCAGCUCUACCCUAUGGAUUACCAUGAUUACCGUGAUUACCCGUACUAUGAUGACCCAGAAGAGAAUGAGAAACACUAUUAUGACCCACAGCACCCUCCUCAUCAUGACCCAUCUCAUGAGAAAACAAGCGAUUCUGUUGUUUAAGGCCAUGAGGUCAGAAUUCAGUAUCUCAUAGGCCCAAGUUAGCACUGCUUGCCAAAAUGGGCUACUACUGCUCCUACUAGUUGUUGAGAAUGUCUUGAAGAUGGUAAAAUCUUCUCAUAUUCCUCUCAUUUGUAUGCCAGUUAUCAAACUCAACUUGGUUGCACAUGUGACUUCAGUUUGCCUGUCUGUGCGACCAAAUGAUUCAAUGUCUUCAUACUUUUGUAGAUAUGUGUGAUCUGAUUUUUAUCUUUGUAGAUGGAACUUUGAUCACUGUAACUGUAUCCCAUACAUUUGUAUUGUACCAUAAUGACCUCGAUUAGCUUUACUCUGUAUCCAAGACUCUGCUGUCUACAGAAACGUGUGUUUUUGCUAAAAUAUCUGGUCAUUAAUCAAACAUUUAAAUUUAAAUUUCCAGACCAAUGGACCUCAUGUCGUGAAAUUGCAAUGAAAUUUUAGAUCAGCUUUUGAUACCAUGUGCUUGUCGCUGAAUGUCAGUCACUUCCUCCAGGAUUUUUGUGGGUUUGGGCAUUGAAAUGCUUACUUAGAUCGAGUUGGAUGGAAGAGCCAAGAGGUGAAUGCUGGGAUUUUAUAUAUGGAUCUGUCUUCCAGGGCAGAGGGAUAAAAUGAUUGAGUGUUGGUUUGUGCCAAAGAUGAAGAGAGAAGCAAAAAGUAUUUUUAUCGAAAGUGACCAAAAAGACUGUUUAAUCGCUGUUUUCUGUUGUAUUUAUAGUUAUUUUGUACUGUUGUGUUAACUUAGCCAUUGUCUGGGUAUUCUCAAGGGCUGAAGCGAUCUUGGUUGAAGUUGAUUUCGGUCUGAAAUCGUCACAUUAACACAUGACUAGUGCUAUAACUGGAUUGUAACACAGUCCCCUUCUCUCUGUUAUGAUACUUCAGCCUUAUACCGGAGUAGUGACAUUGAUAGACCUUACGAGAUCAGCUCCAGUCCUCAAGCAAUACCAUUGAUGAUCAUGUCCUCUUGUAUCCUAUCUUUUCAUUCACAUGUUGUACUUCAUUUAUAUUAGUCCUUGUGUUGUGUACUUUUCUCAGUUCUGCAUGUUUGAGAACUAACUUGUUGUUUGGGCACUGGCACCUCAUAACUUCUCCUUGCAUGCACUGUGUUUUAUACCCAGCUUAAUAUCCAUCCGCUAUAAAGAAACUUACGUUUAAAAGUGCAAUAGAUUUCCUGCGCCUUCUUUACAUAGCAGUACAUUGCAAAAACCCUUUGCAUUUGAAUAAAAAGUAUUGUUUGAAUUUGGCUCGUUUCAGAUCUUGGCGAUAAUUGUGGUGAAUUCUCGCAUUCACGAGAUAAAGGCCAUCGUCAUGGCUCCGGUAGACAAGAAGAUGCUCUAUAACAUUGACGGAUGGGCGUCGACGCAGAGUGGGUUGGAACGCGAGUCAUUGUUUUAAUGACACAACCAAGUUCGAUUUGAAAAUGAAUGUUCAUUUAUCAGUGGCUGACAUGUAAUUCUGUAUAUCUUCCCUUCUAGAGUUCCUAAAACUUGACCAAAAUAUGAGAUGAACAAAUUCUUGAAUUCUUGACACCAGACAGAAGUAUGAACACUUUUCAUCCACCUAUACACUCGGCUGUUAGCCCAAAUUUUGUACAUUGUGUACCACUACUAGCCUCUUGUCAGCUUCUGAGUAAUGACUGCACAUUUUAUUGUUACCCGACAUAUUUUAAAGUUAAGAUUACCACUUCUUUACUCAGUUUGAUGAACAUAAAAGAAGUUAUUACGAUUUUGAACCUGUAUUGUGUAUAUUUUGUACCCGAGAAUAUAAUGAUUUUGAUAAUAUUAUAGCCAGAGUAGUCAGGAUAAUCGGUCGAGAUGACUUGGGUUUUUGCCUUGUAAUAAGCAUGCAGACAGAGAUGCCCAGUGCCCAGAAUAGCCCGAUUUAAUAUCAGUUUUGGACAGUCGUGCAGAGACACCACUUCACAGAAAAAAUGAAUGUGUGAUGUACAGAAGUUAUAAUUUCAGUCGAAUCAUUCUACCUUGUGUAGUCAAACACAUUUCUAAUUUGGUGUGUCUGACUGUCACUGGUUGGGAUGUAGUCACAGCCCUCACUUCUUCAUUUCCUCAGAACCAUUCCUUCUGUCUACAGAAACAUCCAAUUUCGUCCAUUUCACUUGUACAUUCCUGUAUUUUAUGAGCAACUCUUGCGUCCAGAUGUAUAGAAUGAGUUGUCACAUGACUUGGAGAGUGACAGCUUUGUCUUAGCUAGUGUACAUAUCAUGCAUUUAUAUUCUGUGUAAUCUACAUGUAAUGACUUUACGCCAUAUGCAGCAAAUGAUUUCGAAUUGUAAAUGAUUGUAAAUGAUUUGAAUUGAUUGUAAUUUUUAAUGAGAUAGAUGCUUAGAGGCCUUGGUACUAUUCUUUGUGUAUUUGAGUCACUGCAUACAAUAACUCUGUGAACUUUAAAAGCUGCCCAAGGUCUGUUGUUAGGCUUUGUUCCUGGGCCCAAGGCUCAGAUUCAGUUAAGCAUAGCCUUGUUUUGGGCUCAAAGUAACGCGAGGACUGCUCUGCACAAGACUUUGCCGGCAAGAUCAUGUUUUGCUGUCGCUAUUGGGUUCUCUGCAGUACAACUUGAAGAAAAGUGCCACUGACCUCUUCGGCUUGUAAAGCAAAUAUAUCAUAGGUAAUGUCAAUAUUUAAUCUCGCCUUCACUUGAGAGUUAAAGAGACAGGUUUUCUUUUACAUUUGUCAGUACCUUGAAAAGUCCAGACCCUUUUGUUUUGUUUUGCAUGUAACCUGGGUAUAUAUAUCAAGAAAAUGGUUACCAAGAAUGCUAACAUAAAAAUACCAUCUAAAAUCAAUUUUGGUUGCAUGAAAUUAUGACAUUUUAAGCAUUCAAUUCAGCAUGUUUACUUUGCUCUCAACUGAAGAGAAUCAAAGCUUGUAGAAAUACUAUUCUAAAACAUAUCAUUUGUAUGCUUUAUCAUGUAUCAAACUUUUAUAACCGAAUACAAUAUAUUCAUAUUCCA